AUGGAUGCCCUUCAAGCAGAUAUUGAUCAGUUGGAGGCAGAGAAGGCAGAGCUGAAACAACGUGUUAAUAAUCAAUCUAAGAUGACUAUUAACGCUCUAAGGGGCCCAUUAUCUUCUGGAAUUGCCUCCAUUGUUGAGGGGUCUGCAGGAGGUGAUUUUUCUUUAAUUUGAUUAAGGGUGUGACAUCUUUUAAUAAACAGUUUUCAAACUGGUGGUACUGACCCCAGAAGGAAUUUACCAGGAGGUUAUGGAUUUUGAUUGAGAAUGAGCAUUUUAUUGUUAAUCAGAUUACUCUAAAAUUAAUUAAAUGAUGCAUAGAUAUUACAGCAGUCCCUUAAUAAGUCAAUUGGUUUCAGCUGUGGGCCUGGCCUGAAGCUCACAGGUUGCCAUGGCAACUUGAGCUGGUUGCCCAUGACAAUAGACACACCGCAGUCUGAGGCAGUCAAAACAUUAAAAAAAAGUAGUGACGUUUAGCUUGGCACUGUUCUCACAUUAAGGGUUCUAUUUUCAUGCCUAGCCAGUGGCGUGGUGUAGGUGCGGCAUAAAUCAGGUCCGCUGCACCUUUGAGGCACACCCAACUGCACUUUGAUGUUUUGGUGAGCAGCACAGCCCAGCAUAAGUAUCCCCCCUCCCUUACUCAGCUCCUCCUCAAGGUGUAAGUUGGAAAAAGGGUGGGGAGCAGGCGUGGAGUGGGUUUAACCCUUCCGGCACAUUCCGGCUGUUAAAAGCCACUUUUUUGUCUGCUGUAAAAUCAUAUUGGAUUAAUAUUUUUUUCAGAUUUUUUUCAUACAUCUCUUAUUUUACUUCUGCCCUGUUCAAAACUAGCAAAUGUUUCAUUGAAAAUAAAAAUUUUAACCCUUUAAGGGCCAAUUUAACCACAAUCAGCCACAACUGACAACCGACAAGGCGUAUUACAAUUUUCACUAAGUAGCCAAACAGAUCAAGAGAUGGCUAAAGACAGCAAUGCCACACAAUGGUGACAUCGGAGGCAGCCCCUCAACAAGUGUCUUGGUAAGCGCUCCAGGGCGUCCUCCACAUUCUCUCAAAUAAGGACUGAGGGAUUUGGUGUGUGUAAGGUUGGACCCACUGGUGGGACAAACACCCUUUUUAACAAAUAAAGAUAAUCACAUCAAGUUACGCUUAUUUUAACCCCACGUGACAAAGGUGGGUAGUGCGCACAGAUCAAAACAUAAACAAAUGCUGAUAAUGGCAUAUAAAUGGGAAUCACCUGUGUGUCAAGGACACACCACGCUCUGUGGCCUGGCUCUUUCUUUCACAAAUGGAGUAUAAAAUAAAUUUGGCUCACGCAACUGAAUAUUGUAAUAUUCCUAUGAAGGCGUAGCUCCGGAUUGAAUAUUCAGAAAAUUUUAAGGAUGUGAAAACAUCAGAUAAACAAUUUAUUGUGAAUGGAAGUUAUUUUAUUUUUUAAGUAAAUAAUUCAUCUGAUCGCUAAAAUAAAUCAUCUGGUCAGCUUUGUUGCCGCAGCAGCAGCAGCAGAACAGGGAGAGAGGACACAGAGAUGUGUCUGGGUGGAGCUGCACGAGAAAGAAGAGGAGAGGAAGAAAGAAAGGGGGCGGGGACAAAUUAAAUGUCUUGUUAACUUAUUAAUGUGUGACUAUUUACUGGGUAUUUAAUUUAACGCGAUUUCAGUUGUGCUAAUUUAGUCAGGUGGAUCAGAUAAGACAUAGAUCAGAAUAUAUCGAUAUAGAUCUAAAUGUAUGUGCUGACUCAGAUAGUUGCACUGGAUAUUGGUUGUUACUGAUUAUUUAUUACACAGAAAUGUGCCUGAUACUGUGGAAACCUGCCGAUGAGGCACUGGUGACGUGUACGCACUACACCGCCAGUCUACCAAAAUACCCUAGACCAGCUGCGCUCCACCUGCGCUGAAAGCUGACCAGGUUCGAAUCAGUGAGCUUUCAGCGCACUUUCCACACUUUCCAUGUUUCUACAGUAAAUAGUUUGGACAUACUUGCAAGUUAUAAACAGAAGUCCCUUCUGCUUCCUUUUGAAAAUCUCUGUAUUAGUGUCAAUGAGGAGCAGAGAAGACAUUGCUACACUUAGAGGCUCAGUGUUUCCGUUUUGUAAGUUUCUCAGCCUAGAUAAGCACAUAAUUAAAGAUAUAAAUAAAUACAGAAUAAGUGUGUCUUCGACUGUGGAAAAAACAUGCGUGUAGAGUGUACUCUAGCCGAUGAUAUUGCCCACUGUGGCACAAAGAUUCCCCGCAAAACAAACCCAUUACAAUCUCAAAAUUUAUCCAAAAAUGAUCAUGGUCAUUUAACAGUGGGUGAUCAAAACCAAUAGUAUCUAUCAAAAUGACGAUUAAUUCACCAAUAGACAAGGCUUGCAUCUACAUUUCAAAGUUUAAAUGGAGUCUCUAGAUGAAAGUGUGACUGAGUAGUAGAUGUUUGAAAAACUCCAAUAGUUUUUUUUUUUUUUUGCUUGUUCCAUUGACUAAAAACAUUUCCAUAGUUUUUGGAAAAAAUCAUAAAUAAUUGAGAGAGUAAUAGCACACUGAUCCUGAUUAAACUGCAUGCUUUGAUAAAUGAUUUGUUUUACAACUCUUGAAGCUGUAGGCCGAGUAGCAAAUAAAAAUUUGUUCUGAAGAAGAAUAAGAAAAAAUCCAGAGUAUAACAGUAGUGGCUUAGUGUGUUUGCCCUGUGGCCCUAAUAACACAGACCACAAACCCUAUGAUUGGUCUGCUGAGAGGUAGACAUUUUCAUUGUCACUGCUGUACCCCAUCCUCUUCCUCUGCAAGAAUAUUAUCUAUCUCCCCUCUUUUCUUCUAUGGGAUAAUUGCAGCAUGAUCAGGAGCUUCACAAUAUAUGUCAUCUGAAACAUAUUCUCAGAAUAAAUUGCCAUGGUUUCCUGCACACAGAAACCGGUGAUAUGGUGAGUAUAGUCAUUAUAUUGCUGGCUACUGUUUAGGUGGAGUAUUGCAGAGCAAUAUGUAGAUACUCCAACGCAGAAGUGCAGUGGGGGAAAAUGAAACAAAAGUUGAAGUCCAUGAUAGUGAGUUUACUUCUCAAUGUUAGUGUGAUUUGUAUUGGCAGAUUUUACAUAAGAAAGUAUAGCUUUGACCAAUUCUAUUGACCAGUCAGGCCAAGGGAUAUACAGGAAAGGCAAUCAGCAUUAAGAACAAAAACUGUCACACACCACUGCCAAGGCAUCCUGACUUAAUGGUAGUGUUGUAACAAUGAUAUAUUUAUUCAUGAACAGAGAUCUUUCUGCUGCCUGCAAAACGUUCUGAUUAAAAAAUUCAGGCUCAUUCAGGCUUGCAAAAUCCAUACCACAGAUUUCCUGACUUUCUUGACUGCAGAAAUGUUCUACUUGAAUUGCAAGAAAAAAAAAAAAGUUCUUUUUAAUGGUAGGUCUACCGCAAUCUUUGGUGGGACCGGUACAGGUAGUAGACUCCCCUCUCCUCAGGAAGCAAGUUGAGGCUCAGAGACUAAGCAUUAAACAGCUCAAGAAUGAAAACAACAGGCUAAAGGUAUGCAGGUGUAAGUUUAAUUGUCUUGUGGCAUUAUGCUGGAAAUCCAAGAACCGCACUGACCUAAACUGUAUUUUUCUUUCAGGCUGAUAAGAUGAGGGCACAGCUGGCCUCCCUGCCUCCACUUUGCCCUCCUAGACUACCACAGUUGUCCAGAGAAAACUGUACAUCACCAGAUGGACCGAAUACAGGCAUCUAUCGCAGAACUGACCAACUGCUGGCAACACUACUCAAGCUUAGUGCAGAAGUCAAAGUUGUAGAUGUCACCGGCAAAACAUCAAGUAUGUUUUGUUUCUCCGUUUUUUUAACACACGCUUUUGUGUGUAUAUUGUUGUUACUGUGCUAAUUUGGGGUACAGCUGUUAAUUUUCUUUCUGUUUUUAUUUCUUCUCCUGUUUUACUCUCAGUAAGUGCCAGUGCCCAGCUGUUGGAACAGACUGCUCAUUUACAGAACCUCAGUGAUGCCCUGGUCAAACUUAAGGUGACAAAGUCAGCAUGAAGCUGGUUUUCCUAUUAUUUGAAUAAGAUGGCUGGACUACAAAACCAACCAUGAUAACACUUCUGUUUUAGGGUGAGGUAGCCAAACAUGUAGUCUCAUUCCAGCCUGGAGCAAAGGCUUCCACGGACUUUGCCACCUUUCCAGUAUCAUCUUUUGUUAAGGUAAGAUCAUACUUUACGUACACCUGUAGUUCUAUAUAUUUUUUCAUUUAGUUGAGAUUAAUGACUGUUUAUUCCACACCUUCAUUCCCAAUUAUUUGCUAGGCUAAGGAAGAAAAGCAGACAGGACAUGUAUUUGUAGGUCGUGUUGCUUUACCCUGCAUCCAUGGACAGGAGCAGGUUCACCGCCUAGUCCUUUCACAGCAGCAGCUGCAGAAAGUGCAUCGCCUGCUCAUGGCUUAA